ACCGGAGUAAUGGGCAAACUUUGUUCGCUCCAGUUAAUAUUUAACAUUUCACUGACACUAAACCGUGACCGUGUGUGUGUGUUUGCGGUAAAUUGCUUCCACCCUAAAACAACAUUCCUCGGAGAAGAAAGUUGGAUGGACGUUCCAUAAUGAGGCUUUAUUAACGUGGAGUCCGGAGGAGGCUGGAGGUAAAGCUGUGUGUCGCCCGGGCUCCGGAUGAGUGGGAGGGUCUGCGUGCGUGUGCGUGUGUGUGAGAGGGAGAGAGAGAGAGCCUCCACUUCACUGGAGCUGUGGCUGUGAGGGGAUAAUCAUUACAACGUGGAGUAAACAUCGACAGGAGCCAGGUGAUGAGAUGCGACUGAAACACUCCAGGAGCCCCCUGCUGCUCACCGUCACCUGCAUGUACUUCUCCCGGGGUUUGCUGUGGUCCUAUCAGGAAGAGGAUGUCACUGACGGCGAGAAGUGCUCUGAAAAUAAUGUUUCUACCUCAAAGUAUCCCUGCGUGAAGUCGACGGGAGAGGUGACCACGUGCUACAGAAAGAAAUGUUGCAAGGGCUUCAAGUUUGUGUUGGGCCAGUGCAUUCCUGAAGACUAUGAUGUGUGCGCCGGCGCCCCCUGCGAGCAGCAGUGCACUGACCAUUUUGGCCGGGUGGUGUGCACCUGUUACCCCGGUUACCGCUACGACCGUGAGCGCCACAGAAAUCGGGAGCAGCCCUACUGUCUGGACAUAGAUGAAUGUGCAGACAGGAAUAUAACUGUCUGCUCUCACAUCUGCGUCAACUCCGUGGGGAGCUACAGGUGCGAGUGUGAGAAAGGCUAUUUCCUGGAAGAAGAUGGGAAAACAUGCACCAAGGGGGAGAGAGCAGUGCAUCUCUUUGAGAAGUCUGAUAACGUGAUGAAUGCUGGAACCUGCUCUGCCACCUGUGAUGAUUUCCACCAGAUCAAGAUGUCCGUCCUGCAGCUUAAACAGAAGAUGGCGUUGUUGUCGAACAGCGCUGACGUCCCUGAGCAGAUGACGAGUGAUAAAAUCCUGACGCCUCCCUUAUAUUUACAAGGCCCUCCAGGUUCUCCUGGGCUUCCAGGAGAUCCAGGACCAGAGGGUCCUCCAGGACUCACGGGAAUGCUGGGACCGCCCGGCCCGCCUGGCCCCAGAGGCUUGAUGGGCCCAAUUGGACCCACGCCAGACCUGUAUCACAUCAAACGGGGCCCUCGGGGACCUGUGGGUCCUCCCGGUGCACCAGGAAAAGAUGGCUUAAAGGGGGAUCGAGGAGCUCCUGGCCCUGCUGGACCACCAGGCCCGCCGGGCUCCUUCGAUUUCCUGCUCCUGCUGAUGGCGGAUCUCCGUAACGACAUCGCCGACCUGCAGAGCAGAGUGUACGGUCGGCCCAUACACUCUCCGGAGGAAGACUUCCCCUCGGCCCCCGACAGCUGGAGGGAGAGCCAGGACGGCGUGGACGCGGGCUCAGGCGAGGACGACAGGGAGCCUCCACCUCGAACGGGCGGAGGGCCAAAGAGGGGCAGGAAGAGGAAACCGGUGCGAGACAGAACGGACUGAACAGGGAAUCAGAAGGGCGCGUCGAAUACUUUGUCAGGUGUAAAUAUUAAAGUGGUAUGCCUCUUUAUUUAACUGUUAAUGUAAAGUAUGCAGUUUGAUCACAGAUGUUUAUUUUUAUAUGAUAUUGCAGACUGUGUUUUGCAAUUUUUCCACAAAAAAAAUGAGCAGUUUGUGCUGCUGGCACAUUUAAUUGUAUAUUUUCAGACACAUAUUGCCCUUUCACAGCAUUAA